AUGACUUCGAAGCAGGGCACCGAAGAAGCGCACAUUCAAGAUGCCGAGUCGAACGACUUUCAAGGUCUUGUUCUCGCAGACGUAAUUCCUAAGGAUCGUCCGGCGUGGUACAAGGAUUGGACGCUAUGGAAGUUGAACUUGUUGCUUUUGAGUGGUCUUUUGACGCAGACUGCCACUGGCUUUGACGCAAGUAUGCUCAAUGGAGCUCAGUCCCUUCCACAAUGGCAGUCCUACUUCGGCGAACCGAAAGGAACCCGUCUCGGAGCCAUGACGUUCGGUCCCAACGGUGGUGUCCUCAUCUCGAUUCUUAUCUCUUCUCAACUUUGCGACUGGCUCGGUCGACGAAUUCCCAUCCUUGGCGGCAGUCUCACCAUUAUCGUCGGCGCCAUCGUUCAAACUUGCUCCUACAACUACGGCAUGUUCGUCGCCUCGCGCUUCAUCAUCGGAUUCGGUCUCGGAAUUGUGUCGACUGCUGCACCGCCUUUACUAUCCGAGGUUACAUAUCCUACACACCGUGGAAAAGUUGUCAGCUUCAUGAUGGUUUCCUGGCCUCUGGGUGCUAUCAUUGCUGCUUGGGUUACGUAUGGAAGCUUUCAGAUGCAGAGUUCCUGGGCGUGGAGAUUGCCUAGCCUUCUACAGGCCAGUUUCUCAGUCAUUCAAGCUUCGCUCGUCAUGUUCGCGCCUGAAUCGCCGCGAUGGUUGAUCUACAAGGGACGAUACAAGGAAGCACAGGAUAUUCUUGUCAAAUGGCACGGCUAUGGCGAUCCCAACUCGCGGCUCGCACGUUUCGAAAUGGCCGAGAUUACAGCGACUCUCGAGAUCGAGAAAGUCCAGCAGAAGUCCCGAUGGGCUGAGUGGGUCUCAACAAAGGGUAACUGGCACCGAUUCUUCCUCGCGCUCUACAUCCCCGCUAUGCUGCAAUGGUCCGGCAACGCUUUGACUUCAUACUACCUCGCCAAGGUCCUCAACUCGAUCAACAUCACCGACCACAAAACCCAGCUUCUUUUGAACGGCGGUCUUCAAAUGUGGGGUUUUGCUUCAGCCGUUGUCUUUGCUACGCUGGUUGAUAGAUUUGGUCGUCGAUCCCUUUUCUUGCUUGGUAUGUCUGGUAUGGGCGCUUCCUACAUCAUCUGGACAAUUUGCUCCGCAAGAAACCAACAAGAGAAUUUUGAGCACAUUGGCUUCGCCGGAGCAGUCCUCGCCAUGAUCUUCGUCUUCUCAUUCUUCUACCACGCCAUCUCGCCCAUCGGCGCGACAUACAUCAUGGAAGCAACACCAUACUCGCUCCGCGCGAAAGCAUCCAUGCUGUACCAACUUACCGGUAACUUAGCUGGUGUGUACAACGCUUUUGCGAACCCUGUUGCUAUGGAAGCUAUUUCGUGGAAGUACUACAUUGUGUGGUGUGUAGCUAUCGCGAUUCAUUUGACCUUGAUCUUCUUCUUCUUUCCUGAGACAAAGGGACAUUCGCUUGAAGAGGUGGCGGAGAUUUUUGAUGGACCGGAUGCGCUUGUUGGAGCUAAUGCUAUUGGGCAGAAGAAGGUUGAUGAUAUGGCGAUGCAUUAG